CUGGCGCCGGGUCCCGGAGCUUUGCUGCUGCCGAGUCCUUGCGGGCUUCACGUGUGUGCGGAGGAGUUCCGGAAGCCAGCUCCAGACAUCUGGCAUUUAAGAAGGCGAUGGAGCUCAUCAGAGUGUGUCACUGAAGGCUGUGAUGGCUGAAAACAAUGUAAAGAUGCUAAAGAUUCAACAGCCCUCUGUAGCCAACAAAGUACCUAGAAACAGGCCAUAUAGUUGCAAUAUUUGCUGCAAGCACUUUGAGACACCAUCAAAAUUAGCUCGACAUUAUCUUAUUCAUACUGGCCAAAAACCAUUUGAGUGUGAAGUGUGUCAUAAAACUUUCAGGCAACUAGUUCAUCUGGAGAGACAUCAGUUAACUCACAAUCUGCCUUUUAAAUGUAGUAUUUGUCAACGCCACUUUAAAAAUCUGAAGACAUUUGUGAAGCACCAACAGCUUCACAAUGAAACCUACCAGAAGGAAGUUAAGCAGAUCAGAAGGCUGGUGGAGGCCAAGCAAGAAAAGCCAGUUUAUGGAGUGUAUCGAACUUUUACCACAGAGCCUGCAAAGAAAAGGAGGAAGCAUGUUCACACUUGUACAAUCUGUGGCAAGAUGUUUCCAUCACAGUCAAAACUCGACAGACAUGCACUUAUUCAUACUGGUCAGAGACCUUUUACAUGUAUCCUGUGCAGUAAAUCGUUCCGACAGUCAACUCAUUUAAAAAUUCACCAACUCACACAUUCAGAAGAAAGGCCCUUUCAGUGCUGUUUUUGUCAGAAGGGAUUUAAGAUUCAAAGCAAGCUUCUGAAGCAUAAACAAAUCCAUAUCAGGAACAAGACUUUGCAGACUUUGUCAUUAAAGGUAGAGAGUCCAGGAUCAUGUCCUGUGCCUAGUAAAUUAAGUGCAAAGCAGGGUGGUUUUGAAGCUGGUGCUAUGGGUGAGUCAGUGGAGAAUACUCUACUCGAUGUCCACUCUAUUUACGUAGUCCCUUUUCAAUGUCCUGAGUGUGAAGAAUGUUUUGCAUCAGAGCAGAGUCUCAGUGGACACAAGUGUUUCCCUCCCAGAGGUGGCAAAGUUCCAGGCAGGCUCAAAGGAAGCCACAACUAUAAAACUGGUGUUAGGAAAAUCCUGACCAAGCUUAAACGUGCUGGGGGUAAGAAAUUAGAUAACUUUCAAUCAGAGAAAAGCGUUUUUAAAACCAGUUUCUUGAAAAAUCAUCUUAUUUCUGGUGAGCUGAGUUCUGAGCAAAUGCAGAGGACCUUCAUGGGUCCUCUUGGCAAACAUGGAACCUAUAAGACAGUUGGCAAUAAGAAGAAAAAAUCAUUGAUGUUGCCCUUUUCUUGGCAAAAGCAAUUCCAGAGCCACCAUGUGGGGGGAAAUUUGAAAAGUGCCCUGACCACACAAAGCAAGUUACCGCUGGGUAACUCGGUGAAUAAUAAAGAUGUAUCUGUGUAUGGCUCACGAAGCGAGGUGCUCUUCGAUACUUGUCAGAGACUUCCUCUUGGCUUUUCAGUUCCCAGUGACAACAUACAUAUCGGACAUAAAACGUGUGCUUGUGACAAAUGCGAGAAAGUGUUUCCUUCUACAUCCAAACUACAAAGGCAUUACUUGAGCCAUACUGGGCAGAGGCCCUUUGGCUGUAAUAUUUGUGGGAAAUCUUUUAGACAGACAGCUCAUUUGAAAAGACAUAAAUUGACUCAUAGGGAGAAGAUACCGUACAGACGAUCUCUUUGCCAAGUAGAAUUUGAAAGUUUGAACAAACUUUCCAGCCGUCCAGGUGAUACUCGUAACUGUACCUCUUCCCAACCACACCGGGCUCUUGGUUUUCAAACAUACAAGGUCUCGGAAUCAGUGAAUGUGAAGGCAGAGUCCGAGGAUUCGACCCUUGGCACGCUCUGUGGGAGCAGACCAUCCUCCCUCUCCGGUGCACGCCUGGAGUCAGAGCAGAGUCAUCCAAGUCGUCGUUGCGGCUACUCGGGGCAAGCUGAGAGAAAUGACGGCCUCCUGUACCAGUGCAGUGUUUGCUCAAAAAGUUUCAGAUCUCCAUCGAAACUGGAAAGACACUAUCUGAUUCAUGCUGGGCAGAGGCCAUUCGAAUGCACAGUUUGUGGCAAAACCUUCAGACAGGCUCCUCACUGGAAGAGGCAUCAGCUCACUCACUUUAAAGAACGGCCACAAGAGAACAUGGUUGCCUUAAGUCCAGUUAUGUAACAGCACAGUCAGAACACAGCUGUGGUCUAUGGCAGUCCUGUUCUUAAAACCUUUAUCAUUGAUGAUGUAUUCUUAUAAAAAAAAAAACCCACAUCGCAGUGGAUGAUUUCAUAGGCAGUUGCUUGACCUGCAUGAUGAGGUAAUAUACAGGAAAUGUAACACAAUUUUUUUAGGGUAGCUAAAUUAAUUUCUAGAGGGAAGUACAUGGUCUGAUGCUCUAACGUAGCUAUUUAUUGUACUUGAAGAUUGUAAGUAUAUACUUUGUAUGAAAGUGUUAUAAAUCCAUGAUGGUGUAUAAGUGAUACAAUCUCAUUUGUUAAAAAUUAUUCGAUAAGCUGUCUCCUGCAGGAUAUUUUCAGAAGACGGAAGUAAAAAUUCGUAACAGCCCCCAUCUAUUUUAUCAUGAAUGCAUAAUUUUGCCCAUCUGUGAUUUUGAUUCUGAUACAGAUUCUUGUAACUUGAAAAAAAAGGAAAAUAAUAAAAAUGGCAAUGUAUGCGAGAAUUGCAGCAUUCUUCAUUAGUGUCUUGAAAGCCAUUUAUGUUUACAACUAUGGUUUCACCUCCUUCCUAUUCGUCAGAUGAGGAAAUAGUUUUGGUUCCCCAGCCUCGUCCUAUGCUGCUGUUGUCUUUAAGAAAAGAAUUUUCAGAACAACAUAGAGAUUAGGAUGUACUGUAGUUACCACCUUCACAGGCCAGAAAGUUUCCAGAUGUCUUAAUCUUUUUGCUAAUAUGUGCGCAGUUUAAUGUUGCCAGAGGAAUGAGUCGUGUAUUUAUUUACUUGUGGUUGACAGCAGUAGUCGCAGUCUCCACUCGUCUAGAGACCUGCAUCCCAUGAGAUUUACUUCCAUGCGGUGUUGGAUGCCUAUGACACCUAAACCCAUAAUAGUCAAUGGAUCAAUAGCACUGACCUAGUAUUAGUUUUUAUUGCAAUAUAAUGCUUUUUAGGAAUGUUAUUUUUAUUCUUAAUAAGUUAAUUUAUGGUUUAAAAAGGCAAUGAUUUCUAUAUAGCAAUACCGCUGCCGGCACGUGUGGGUCAGGCAUUGCACUGUUAGUGAUGGGUUGGCAUUUCAAGCCCACAUGGCUGUUGUGUGGGGGAAAGAUGAGGCUGUCUGCUCUUGUUAAGAUUUCAUUUUCUGGUGACCCUGAGUUGGACUUGACUCAGUGGCAGUGGGUAUGUAUAAGGAAGAUGCUCAUAUCGAAGAACUGUCAUUCUUCACAAGUAUUUGGGAAAUAUUUAAUCCUAAGCUAUAAUGAUUUAUCUUACAAGCACAAACUCUUUCCUAUAUGCCAUUAUAUAUAAAAUCUUUUUUUUUAAUAUAUAAAAUCUUUAAUGAGAAGUUACUUACAUAAAAUAAAUUAACCAUGGUAUUUAUAUAAAGGAAGACUAGGUACUGAUAAGUAUUUUUCCUAGCACCCUUAAAUAUAGGGAAAACCUUUAUUACAAUGUGGAUAAAUGAGCAAAUUUGGGGGAUGGGUGUGGUAGUCUUAUUUUUUAAAUAUAAAUGUAUUUUGAGUAAUAAUGGGUUUAAUAGAUAAACAAUGAUGACACAGGUAAAAUACCCAAAAGUGUGAAAUGUACCUUUUCUUUUUAACGUAUUCAGACAAGGGUGUCCAGCUAAAGCAGAAGAGAAAGAAUUAAUAGCUUUACAAAACAGUAUCUCUUGGGUUUUCUCAAAAUAUGCCCCUCCAGAAUAAGCAAGAUGGUGUUUAGGGUUUGCUUUAGCAUAACCUUACAGAACACAUCUGUAACAUAAAGCAAGGGGCUAGUUCAUUUUCCCUAGAAUACUUACAUAAAUAUCCAAGGCUUUUUUUCCCUUAGAAUGUUUGAAAUUAUGUAUUUUCCUAAGCUAUUUUUAUAAUUUUAUUGAAGGAAAUGUCUUUUUCCAAAUGGCAGAAGUCUAAUGUAUGAUUAUGAGACUUCAUUUGCUUAAGUGAUACUAUUAAACUUUUUUUUGUCCAUGGCUUUGUAAGCGGUUUCAUAUUGAAAGUUGGAAUAUUGUAAAAAAUUUGUCAAAGAUGUAUUGUAGUGCUGUUUGAGUACCUGUAACAAAAUACUUAUUUACUGUUGUUAUUAUUAUUACAAACUUCUUGUGGAAACUUUAUAGGAAUGAAAAUAAGCUACACGUGAAGAAUAAAUUUAUGUAUUAAAUAGCAGUGCUGCAUGUUAGAACUGUUAGUAUUGUUGAAUCAAUUACUUUGGUUUUUGAAGAGAGCGAGUAGAAGGUUGUGUUUGGGUGCUUCCAGGCCACAGCAUGAUUAUUUACUAAAGUAGUUUGAUUGGCUGAGUUAGUAGAAUUAUUGCUUCAUGUUUUGUACUGGGAUUUGCUUACCAUUUUAUGAUUCAAAUGUGACUGUUACAGGGAACCGUAGAUGGUGGUUAAAUUCUUGAAAAAUUCAAAUUUCAAAUAUUUUUAAAAAUAAAAUUUCAAGUUAUGCA